AUGAGAGUGAACCCGAUUUUGAAGGAUGGAGAGGUUGAGGUCAAAACGCAAGCAAAUCCGUUUGUCUGGAUCUUUGGCCUAAUGAAAUUGCUGAAGAGAUCGAAGCAGCAAAAAGAAAAGAAAGAGAAAGAGCUGAAAAAGUCGGACAGCUUUCUUGCCGGAAUCGGAGGCGAUAGAGCUGAGGAGAAGAAGAAAUUCGUCUGGUCAGAAUUUUAUUUAGACCCGUCGGGUGAUCUUUACUACUACUGGGUUUGCCUCAUCGCUGCUUCGGUAAUGUACAACAUGUUGUUCAUCAUUUGUCGACUGGCUUUCGACCAGCUUGGUGACUACAAAAUGAUCUUCCUCGGAGUGGACGUCUUCAACGACUUUAUGUACUGGAUGGACAUUCUCACCAAGUUCUACACCGGGUACUUGGACAAGGGAUUGAUGAUAACAGACCACAAGAGCAUACGAGAAAACUACAAGAAAUCAGCGCAGUUCAAAACUGACAUGAUGUCCAUGUGCCCAAUCGACUACCUCCAGUACUGCUUCGACAACAAAUGGCUGGUCUCCUUGAGAUUUAUCAAAUGCCAGCGCAAGUACCGAGUCAGCGAAUUCAUCAACAAAACUGAGACGCGCACCAAUUUUCCGAAUUUCUUCCGCAUCUCUAUCAUGUGCACCUCUAUUCUUGUGAUAAUUCAUUGGAACGGAUGCCUUUGGUACUUGAUUUCCGGAAUUAUCGGCUUCGGAGAAGAUCGCCAUGAAAAGCCAGAGACCAACUUUGAGUACAUUUUCCAAAUAUCAAACUUCCUCAUCGGAAUCUUCAUUUUUGCCACGAUUGUUGGAGAAGUCGGAACUAUGAUUUCGAACAUGAAAGCGACGAAAACCGAGUUUCAGGGACGAAUGGAUGCGCUCAAACAGUACAUGGAACUGAGAUCUGUUGAUAGCGACUUGCAAUCGAAAAUCGUGAACUGGUUCAGCUAUCUUUGGGGCUCAAAGAAAGGAGUAGAUGAAGUUGGCGUGCUGAGCCACCUGCCGGACAAGCUCAGGGCCGAGAUCGCUAUCAAUGUUCAUCUCGAAACACUCAGAAGAGUAGCUCUCUUUCGCGAUUGCGAAAAGGGAUUUCUCGUUGAGCUGGUCCUCCGUCUCAAGCCGCAAAUUUUCUCGCCCGGAGAUUACAUUUGCCGAAAGGGAGAUAUUUAG